AUGUCGUACCAAGUCAUUGGGAUUGCUGUUGUUGCUGUGCUAUUCCUGCUCGUCAGGCUGCUCAACACAACCGAUAUACCCAAAAUCAAGGGUCUCCCUGAGAUUCCUGGAUUGCCCAUACUGGGAAACUUAUGGCAUCUGGGUACAGAUCACGCCCGUGUAGCUCAGAAAUGGGCACAAAAAUACGGCCCGGUCUUUCAAACACGACUUGGUAACAAGAGGGUCAUCUUUGUCAACUCUUACGAAUCAGUCAGGCAUUUUUGGAUCACGCACCAGUCGGCCUUGAUCUCGCGCCCGACCUUCCAUACAUUUCAUUCCGUAGUCUCGUCCUCCCAGGGCUUCACCAUCGGCACAUCUCCCUGGGACGACUCAUGCAAGGCCCGUCGCAAAGCGGCAGCCACCGCGCUCAACAGGCCCUCUGUCCAGUCCUACAUGCCCAUCCUCGACCUUGAGUCUACAGUGAGUAUCAAGGAGCUGGCGGCCGAUUGCAAAGGUGGCGCCGUCGACGUCGAUCCUUCCCCGUACUUUGCCCGGUUCGCACUCAACACCUCCUUGACCCUCAACUACGGUAUCCGCAUCGAUGGAAACAUCAACAACGAGAUGCUUCAGGAGAUCACGCAGGUGGAGCGUGGGGUUUCCAAUUUCCGGUCGACAAGCAACAACUGGCAAGACUAUGUUCCGAUCAUGAGGCUCUGGAAUAAGCAAAACACCGAGGCGGAGUCGUUCCGCUUGAGACGAGAUGCCUACCUCACCAAACUGCUCAAUGAGCUCAAAGGACAGAUUGCUGCAGGGAUAGACAAGCCUUGCAUUACGGGCAACAUUCUUAAGGAUCCUGAGGCUAAGCUGAACGAAGCCGAAAUCAAGUCGAUCUGCUUGACCAUGGUCUCUGCGGGACUUGACACUGUUCCUGUGAACUUAGUCAUGGGUCUCGCUUUUCUCUCUUCCCCUGAAGGUCAGGCGGUUCAAGCAAGGGCCCUGGAGGAAAUAGAAAAGGUGUACCCAGACGGUGAGGCAUGGGAGAAGUGCCUCGUUGAGGAGAAGGUCCCAUACAUCACUGCCCUCGUCAAGGAGACGCUUCGGUUCUGGACAGUCAUCCCCAUUUGCCUGCCUCGCACCAGCAUUAAAGACAUUCCGUAUGAGGGCGCUGUGAUCCCUGCGGGUACAACAUUCUUCAUGAACGCAUAUGCGGCAGAUUACGAUGAGAAACGUUUCAAGGACCCAUACAAGUUCAUCCCGGAACGUUUCCUAAACGACACCGAGAGCGGUACACCUCACUACGCGUACGGUGCAGGUUCUCGUAUGUGUGCAGGAUCCCACUUGGGUAACAGGGAGCUGUAUACGGCAUACAUGCGCCUCAUCACAGCCUUCGAAAUUCAUCCAGCUCGCGACCCCGCAGAUCGACCGCUCAUGGAUGCGAUUGAAUGCAGCUCCAAUCCAACAGCACUGACUACAGAGCCGAAGCUAUUCAAGAUUGGCCUCAAGAUCCGGUCGGAAUCCCGACUGAAGGAAUGGAUCACGGCUGCUGAAGCAAGGACUAGUGAGUUGCAUCCUUUGAAUGGGACUGCGAUCUUCCAAGAGACGCGCCCUGCAGUAUGGGACUCUCCAGAUAAGGAAUCCAUGGCCUUCAACGUGGUGUACACCACCUCCGAGUUCCCCGCUUCAUUCGACAACGACAACGACAUUGCCAAGCACGAUGCUCUGAUGGCGACAGGAAACCUUGGCCUGGUCAAUCCCAAAGGGACCGUGUGCCGCAUCGUAGAUUUCGCACCUGACAACAAUCCUGUGAUGCACCGCACGCAAAGCUUGGAUUACGGUGUUGUCAUCUCUGGCACCGUCGAACUUGAGCUUGACGCCGGGGAGAAGAGGCUCCUCUAUCCCGGCGAUGUAGCUGUGCAGAGAGGCACUAUACACUCCUGGCAUAAUCCCAGCCAGACUGAAUGGGCCCGCAUGCUCUUUGUCCUGCAGGACUCUGGCCCGGUGAUGGUGAACGGCCAGGCGUUGAAGGAGGAUUUGGGGGAAGCUUCGGAUAUCAUACCCCCAAGUGGAAACAGCAACUAA